UUGUAAUAUUUUGCUUGCUUUUGUGAGCUUGCUCUUAUGUGUAUUGAAUUUGCAAACCAACAGUUGAAGGAAAUUCCAUACAAAAAUAAAAAAAAAAAACGUUAUAUGAAUAAAACAUUCUCUUCGAUCAGCCUGGUUCCAGUCCUGGAUCUGUGUGCAGGAACAAGUCGCUGCUGCUGGAGUUUCUCUGAGCCCGGGGUGUGACGUCAUUCUCCCAGAAUGCAUGGCUUCCAGCGCGGCGCUCUGCAGCAGUCCAGGCCCAGGGUGUAAUAAACAUCAUCCAAACUUCUUCGAAAAUGUCCAUAGCGACGCAGAAUCUAGCCUGGACAAAGGAGUGGACCGUGGUGCGUUUGGUCUGCAAAGAUGUUGAGCUGCCUCACUGAUUUAGCUGCAGUGUCUGUGGUGUUCAGGGCUUCUGAAUACUAAAAUAGACUGUGGGCCGACACAAGAGCUCUUCUCAGGAAACACAGCAAACCAGUCAGAGCUUCCAAAGCUCCUCAUCACUGCAGCCCUUUUGGGGUUGCUAUGGCAGCUGCUGUCACAGAAACCAAGUGCUGGAGACAGGCUGGCCCUAGCAAGGCAGGACAGACCACUAGUCAUUGCCUGAAGAAAACAUCAAACAGUCCACAAGCAGCACUUAGCCUUAAAUCUAGCACUCCAAGUUAACAAGAGGACCAGCGGUGAGUAAGCUGAUGGUCAGCUGUCUGGAGAAUCCUCAUGAGUCUUGUCUGUGGGUACUCAGGCUCUCGGCCAGAGUCCUUGUGCAGCAGCAGAGCCAGCACUGUUUCUAGACCAUGUUCCACCAGCAGGACCAUCUGAAGAGCCAGCUGCAGGAGAAUCAUUCAACCACCAGGCAGCUCUUUCACUGCCAGGAGUGUGGGAAACAAUACAACACUCAACUGGGCUAUAGGCGCCACCUGGUGGCAGCCCACAGUGCUGCACAAGGCCUAUCUUGCCCAGAGGGGUCACCUGCUAUCCUGGAGCACCUGGGUAGCCAUACAGACAGGCCCCCACCAUCAGAAGGCAACAAUAAUACAGCUGUGCCAGUAAGAGAGCGGAAGUACUCGUGCGAGAGAUGUGAUCGUCGUUUUUACACGCGUAAGGAUGUUAGGCGUCAUGCAGUUGUGCACACUGGGCGCCGCGACUUCUUGUGCCCUCGCUGUGCACAGCGCUUUGGCCGCAGAGAUCACUUAACACGCCACCUGAAGAAGAGCCACGCUCAAGAGUCAGGUUUGAUGCCUCCUUGUGCACCCACUACACCUGUGGCACCACCCACCACUGCAGCCCAGUGCCCAGUCAAGGAGCCCAGUCCUGUCACCACAGACAUGGGCUCCAUUUCCAAGGAGCCAGUGGAGACUUUCUCCAGAGACAUGUACAACUCCUACCCCAUGACCAAUCCUGUACCAAGCAUGGGCCAUCCUCAUGGCCUCAUGCAGGGCUCCUUAUCCUCACCCAUGGGUGUUGGUCGCCACAUGCCUCCUCAGUCCUCUCACCCGCACCAUCAUCACCUGCAGCCACCAGCAGCUCCACAGCAGCAGCCCUACAGCAACAUGUCCAGGUACCAGCACGGAUCUACCUCAUAUCCUCGUGCUGAUGUGGACAGUUUCCUGCUUGACCUUCAGAGUGCCCCUCCACCUCACCUGAGUGCUGUCAACUCUUCUACCUCUGCUUCCACCUCUCCCCCGAGCGAGGUGCUCAAUGAAGGGGUGGGUUCUGGUGGGGACCCCCACCUGCUUUGCCGCAGCCCUGCUGUCUCCUCAACCGAGCUGUCCUGCCCCACCAACAUGGACAUUGGGCCUCUGCUGGGUUUCCUGCCCUUCAGCCUUCCUCCUUACAGCCCUCACAUGGGCAUGGGAGGGUUGGUGAUGAGCUAUCCACCCACCACCACAACCAGCUCCUCUCCUUCCCCUUCCACUGGGCUGUCCUCUCAGGCAACCGGCCCUUUCACCUUCUUUCAGCCUCCACAGAGCCAUGUACCCCAGGGCCCUGGAGCCCACAACCACAGCCAACUACCUCAGGCGUACAGUAGUCCUGCUAUGAGCACUUCCAGCUCCCUACCUCACUACUAUCAGGCCUUUCAGCAGUAAGCAGCUCUUCCUACAUAGACGUUGCCUUUAUUGUACUCAUGAAUUUUCAUGAAAAAGGGUUUAAGAUGAGAACAGCAUCUUUAUUGUAAAACAAAUGUAUAACUUUAGUCAGUACUGAAGAUGUUAAUCUUAGUAGUUUAUAUUUUGUUAAACACAACAAAUCACCUCAUCAGUAUUACCUCAUAUUUUAGGAAGGAGGCUUGAACCUUUUAAGAAAAUGUGAUGGUCUAACUUCAACCAAAACAGUACCUCUACCAACAGUGGAUGCACUUAACACACUAGUUACAGAUACUGCACAAUGCUGAUUUAUCCAGUUUCAGGAUAUUUUUAAAGACACUACCAUGUUUUCCAAAUAAGAUUAUCAACCUGUAGAAAAACGCCCUGACCUUUUUAAUUAGGUUUAUAGCAUAAAAUGUUUUAACAUUAAAAAUACUAAAAUUGCAACCUCUGCAUCAGUGUUUGGAGCUUAAGGCAUCGGCUUGAUGAUUCACCAUCAAAUGUAUCGUAGUACCUCAGCAGAUACGUAUAAUGUUUAACAAAUACUUCAAGUGUUCUAAAUGUGACCCGUCGUUGAAACAUAAGGCCUUCAUAUUUGUCAGUGCAGUUACUUAGAGUCAGCUAACGAAAGCUGUUAAAGAGAGCAUCUUUAAAGCUGGGAUUUCUUAUCGAAAGCUUUGAGAAUAUUCAGAUGCAGUUAUUUUGGCCACAACAGCACAGCAACAAAAAACUCAAAUGCUUUAUAGAUAUUUACUUUUGACUGUUAAAUGUAGAAUCACACAGUUAAAUGCACUUACAUUUUACCUUCCAUUUUACCUUACAACAAACAGUUUCUGUAAAAGUCACAUAAGACAAAGUUUGCUGCUCUCGUUAGCCAUUUUGAAGAAAGAAUUCCCAAUAGAGUUGCUGGAAAGUGUCUUUUGACUUUUGACAGAUGUGGGUGAUGUUGUGAGGGUGCUAGGUCUUGUAUACCCCUUCUUAAAUAUCAUUCCCACUGCUAAACCCCCCUGGUAAAUCUUAGAAACAUAAUUUGGAUCCACUGAUGGGAUUGUAUUUAACUUGUAUUUGUUACCUGCUUAAGAGAUUCCAUAACCUUGUCUGUAAGAUGACAGAGCUGUUUUCCCAGACAGCCCCUCUAGACAGUCUCAUUACAGUUCCUCAAAAGCAGUUUAUCUGUUAAGUAUCAAAAAAGUGUAUAGUUAGCAUGGCAGCUAAAUAUACCUUUGUAGGUUUCAAAAUGGUUCCAUUUCAAUGACUGCACCCAUCAGUUUUAACUAAACAUAUUAAUUAAUAGCCAACUCGGACAUAAAUGUGUUUCUCACAUUGCUAUUUCCUCCAUGUCUGUGUUUUGUGCCUUACCCUGUUGGUGUGUUUGUGUAUCUAUGGGGCUUGAUUGGGUACAACAGUAACUGCAAAAAUCCCUACAGGCCAGAGAACUCAGAGUAUGUUUAUUUGCUGACACUAUGUCACCGAUCUCAGCGUUGCUGCACUUUCAUUUAUACAUGUUGACUUCUAGACAUGUUGGUAUAGAGCAUUUGGUCAUCCAACAAAACUUACACUCAACAUGUCAUAAAAUGUAGUAUGGGAAUAAUGUCCUAUAAAUGUAUUGCUGGAAGGCAUACAUGUUGCUUUAAAAUUGAGGAUGUAAAGUAAGCACUCGUACAACACCUGGUUGAAGGCAACCAUCUGUUUCAGAGGAAUCUAUGGAUAGAUAUUUUCUACAAAGACUAAAAAUAUGGGAUUUCUGCUCAAGUACAUAUUGUUACAUGAAGUUGGAUGUUUUAGUAUGACAGUCCUGGUUCAGGACUAGCUAAAUGUGAAAUAAGGUAAAAACUAUAUUAGUGGCAGGCUUCACAGUUUCAUCAGUCGCUCUGUCAGGACAUUAGCUUUUGGUAUCAAAACCCAUCUGUAUAACAGCUGAUAUUGUAGCAUGAGCUACAGCAUACAGAGUAUGUGCACAGCUGGACCUGUUGAUCUCUUUGUAAUUGAUACUCUAGGUAAACGUUUUGAGCUUUGAAAAGAUAUGGUUGGGGAUGGGGUCAUAGCAAUUUUGUGUCAAAAUUAAAAGGCAAAAGACUUAAGCUUUUGGAAUGAUUUGUCUGCUUGGAUCAUUGAUGUCCAUGUAAAUCUUCCUUUGUAGUUCUUUAUCAGCUGUUACUGCGUCCUAAUGUAGGCAAUUGCAGAUACAAACCAUUUCUUAACCAGUUAAAAAAAGACAAAAGUGUUCUGCCUUUACAAGGAACAAUUUCAAUAGAUGUCUUUAAAGCCUACGGUAGAUCGCAUCCCAAACCAUGUUCUCUGUCGAAGGUGGCAACCUUAGUCAAAUGGCAUAAAGAGAGUAAUUAAAAUGGCAUUGUCAUUAGGGUAUAAUUUAAACAUUAAACAUUGAAGUGCUUCUUGUUCCAUGUUCUGCUUAUUUUUAAUUCGCCCCACUGGAUCAGAGCAGAUUGUAAUUGUGACCUGCUUGUUUUAAUUUUCAAACCUCAUUUUCAGAUCUUGUUCCACAACGGUCUUCUGAAGCACUUGUAGCCUUUCUUGUUCUCUUUACUGCUUCUGAUUUCAGCCUUGGCUGUGGUGUUGAAUGGAACAGAUUCUUUAUGUACUCAGGACUGAAAAGGCGAUUCUCGCCCUCUGACCUUGAGUCAGUACAGCCAGAGAAGCAGCAGUCAAGGAACAGCUGGUCUGUUGAGAUUCAGGGUUCUGUUGUGUGGAGGGGAAUUAUGGGUCUACCCCAGCUGCUCCAUGACACUCCACUCCGGAAAAAAGAUGUAUAGUGGAGAUGUCAGGGGGGCUCCUGCUUCUCGAAUAUUGUAGAAAAUGUGUUUAGCGAGUGAUAGUCAGAAAAUACUCUUGGCCUUAAUUCCACAAAGCUUUUUCUUUUGAAGGAUGUCUCUCAUUAGGAUUGUAACAAGCCUCAAAGUGUUGCACCAAUGUCUUAAAAUGCUACUGUUGUGCCUCUCUAAGAGUCUCUGCUCUCUUAACUGGGUUUAAGCACUUAUGACAUGUUUAAAAAAAAGGAUGAAUUUGAUCUGUACCUCAAACAAGCCGAACUGUGGAAUUGUUAUUAUUGUGUAUUUUCUCUUAGUUAUUUUUGGCUCUUGUGCCAUUAGAUUGAAACUAUAAAAGUAGAUUUUUAUGAAUCUAAACUUUUUAUCUAGCAGCAGACAUUGACAUUAUAAUUCAGUCAGACUUUCUACCUCUACUUUGUCAUAUAUCGUUCUGCAAAAAAAAUCAUUAGAACUAGUUUUAACCUGUAAGAGUUAGGCUUUUUUUGUACCACUGGUGAAGAUAUUUUCCAAAAUACAACUUUGAAGGAGUGGAUACACACUGAAAUGCCAGAUUGUGUUUUCCAGAGUCAAAUAUAGUCCUCUGUACAUGCUUGUAAUGAUAUUUCUACUUAUUUACUACCUCAGAGAAGAGACAGGUGACUGUCCAUCUAACUGCAGAGAAAAAUAUGACUGUAUAGUUUUAUAUUUGUCAAAACAAGCACAUGUACUUGAUGAUAGCUCCAUAGUUUUUUUUUUAUGGAGGUUAGAAAACAAACGUUGUCUAGCUUAACAAGUACCACAUAUCGUGUCACUUCAUGUUGCCUUUGUUGUGCUAUAAUGCUGUCUCUCUUCAGUCUGGAAUGUUUACUGUGUUCAAGGACCCUGGGUCUCGACCUAAAGACAUUCCACAGCUGUCUGAUGGAAUGUACUGACAACACUUUGGUACUGUCGAUGCCUACUUUUAGCACUUCACCUAGAAGCAGCAUCCCUGUUUACUAACCACAUGUAAAGUACUGGUCUGAAAAGCAUUAUAUCAAGAAAAUUAUGAAACAUGCAGCUUCAAGCUUCCUGUGUUAGUGUGUUGAUAUUUGAUGUUUUUUGGUUACAUAUCAUUAGCAUUUCUUUUAUUUUUCUCUUAAAACUGCCAGAAAAGCUGGUCCUAUGCACAAGUGCUUUCUCAGGAUAUGUUUGUUUUCCCCAUCUCUUAUUGAAAUCACUUUUAGCUGGUAUAUAAUUCAGCAUUAAUGGCUCAGGGACAUUUCAUCUAUGAUAUUUUGAAGCUCUUUGAAGGCCUUCUAGGUUUGUCAUUGGGUUGAGAACUUAAGAAUAUGCAUUAAUUCCCAGACACAGUUGAAAUACUUUCAUUACUAUUAAAUGUGAUUUGUUAAUUAACUUAGCAGGACGUUUUAAUAACAGAUCUACAUUAGAAGGAAAAUCACUUUUUAGUUCAGAAUUUACCUUUCUUCUUGUCCAGUUUUAGUCAUUUUUGACUCAUUGAGCUAAGGAUGGUUAUGCUGACAAAAAACAUUCUGUCAGCUCAUUCAGAUUUAUUUCAUGUGUACUCACAUUUGUUGCAUUUAUUAGGGACAUGUCUCCACUGAAACAAAGAUUUGAAUCUUAAUGUGACACAAUUGUUGGUACACGGUUGGUCUGUUUGUACAGCAGUGGAAAACACAGAAGAAGCAUUCCAGACUGAACAUGGAAAAGAAAAGUUGACACACGGCACACCAGUAUUCAUUGUACUAAACCAUCUUUCACUGUUAUUCAUUGCUUGCAAAUAGGUCGGAUCAUAGAACUACUCUAUUGCAGGUUCCUUUCACUUAAACUUGGACAUGUUUUGCUUUAGAUGUUUGUAUUAUCACUUUAUUAGACUAGGAUACAGUGAAAGGAGUUGUCAUUUUCUAAUUAUCUGAACAUCAAGUAAUACAAAAUAAAUAUUUAGAUUUCCA